UGAAGCGAUCAGUCGUCGUUUCAAUCGGAACGCGACUGCACGCGCCAGAGCCCGCAUACCGCUGACAUAAAUUCAAAUAUCGAACUUCCUUCACCGUGGUUCGCAAGACUAGGUAGUGACGCGAAGUGUUAAAAAAAUUAAAAAAAAAAUUGAUAAACGGAUUUUUCCGCAUUUCAUCGUCCACGUAAACGAUAAUCUCGCUGAACCGAAGAUAAACUCAUUCGUCGAGCACUCCUUGUUAUCAUAACCUCUAAGAAAUGACAGAAUCUCACUGACAGUUGCAUUCUAAUACAGUUUUAUAGCUGUUUAUUGUUGUAUAUUUUAAAUAUUACUUUGAUUCGAUAGUUUUGCAUUCGAUAGUCAAUUGGGGUUGUAAAAAACUAUGCGGAUAGAACCUUCGGUGAAGUAAAUUUUAGUACAAAGUUCGGUUUUGAAGUCGGUGAUGGCUUCUUGGAAGAUAUGUGCGUGGACAGUGAUAGUGGUUCUGUGCGUGUUAGGGAAGAUCUCCGGGUUGGAUAAUGGGUUGGCGCUGACGCCUCCCAUGGGCUGGUUGGCGUGGGAGCGGUUCAGAUGUAACACGGAUUGCAAGAAUGAUCCUGACAACUGCAUAAGUGAUCGCCUGUUCCGCACGAUGACAGACAUCCUGGUGGGCGAGGGCUACGCCGCCGCGGGCUACGAGUACAUCAACGUGGACGACUGCUGGCCCGAGAGGGAGCGCGACCCGCGCGGCAAGCUGGUCCCUGACAGAGAACGGUUUCCGUACGGCAUGAAGAGCUUGGCGGAUUAUGUACACAGCAAGGGUCUGAAGUUCGGUAUCUACGAGGACUAUGGCAACUUCACCUGCGCGGGUUACCCUGGUGUCGUCGGACAUCUUGCGGGAGAUGCAGCAACGUUUGCAUCAUGGGGCGUGGACUACGUCAAACUGGACGGGUGCUACGCGCUGCCCGUGGACAUGGACCACGGAUACCCAGAGUUCGGCAGGCAGCUCAACCUGACUGGCCGGCAAAUGGUCUACUCCUGCAGCUGGCCAGUUUACCAGAUAUACGCUGGAAUGCAGCCAAACUUCUCAUCGAUCAUCGAGCACUGCAACUUGUGGCGUAACUUUGACGACAUUCAAGACUCGUGGGCGUCCGUCGAGUCUAUCAUAGACUACUACGGAAACCACCAGGACGUCAUCGUGCCCAACGCUGGACCUGGCCACUGGAAUGACCCUGACAUGCUAAUCAUCGGCAACUUCGGUCUAUCAUACGAGCAGAGUAAGACGCAGUUCGCAAUCUGGGCGAUCCUGGCGGCGCCUUUACUGAUGAGUGUGGAUCUGCGUACAAUUCGCCCCGAGUACAAAGCCAUCCUACAGAACAGAAAGAUCAUUGAGGUCGACCAGGACCCGCUGGGGAUUCAGGGCAGGAGGAUAUACAAACACCGAGGCAUCGAAAUCUGGUCGCGUCCUAUCCUUCCGAUUCACGGACAGUACUACUCGUAUGCGGUGGCGUUCGUCAACAGGCGCACGGACGGCACACCCUCGGAUGUGGCGGUGACCUUACGGGAACUCGGUCUGAACAACCCUUCUGGAUAUAGAGUGGAGGACUUAUACGAAGAUGUAGACUACGGUGUCCUGUCGCCACAGACGAAGAUCAAAGUCAAAGUCAAUCCCUCAGGUGUGGUAAUACUCCGAGCGGACGCACAGCCAUCUUUCGCCUACAACGCGAUACCGACCCGGACGCCCUACGCGCUAAACGACGUGUUCAGACUCGCCAAGAAAAAAUAACGCCCUCCAGCGGACGCGCGUGGAAAAACAAAUCGAAACGAUCUACAAGUACAAUACGAGAUGUCGCUCUAAACAUUCUAAAUCACGGUGCUGACCUCUAAGGCCAGUCGUCGUUCUUUAUUUAAAACUCCUGAAUAUUCCACCACAGACCACAGAUUAAAAUUUAAUUUUUUUUGUCUUUUCAAUCGUGUUACACACUGAAUGCUAAAGAUAGACAAGAACGGUUGAUUUAGCGUUUACACUAUCGUGAGUGAUAUUAUAUUUAUAAAGAACGGUUAUUUUAAAAAACAUGCGUGGUAAAACCAAUUUCAUAGAAAUAACAGUUUUUACAUUUGCGCAAUGGAACACAGUAUGGUGUGUGCACUUGCAAAACUUACAUUGAACUAAGUAAUAGCUAAACAUAAUUUACCCUUGGUAUCGAAAGUUCAUUUAUCUUUUUCCUUCUGUGUAGUUUAUUUUAUUUGUGGUCGAUCUCAGUUUUACUCCUUUUUGAACGUAAGUUAAACGAAAUCUUAUUUUACAUUUUGUGAUUUGUCCAGUGAAAUUACGUUGGUUACCAUUUUGGUUGUAGCUGGUUUUACAUAAACUUGCCUUUAGCGUACGUUUUAUUUAUAUUUCUUAUUAGUGUGAUCGAACGGAGAAUAGUACCUAGUAAUUAGGAGAAUAAAUUUUGCCAUUAUUAUGUACCUAGGAUUUAAGGAUUGUACAUUUUAACUGUCUGUAAAUGUAAGUUUUUUGUAGAGAAAAUAAAUAAUUUUACGUAUAUAAUACA